AUGUCUGAUGAACCUAAACAACCCUACUUCCAAAACUUCAUGCUAGAUCAUCUAACAACAGAUCAAGAUCAAGGAUCUAACAACAUGUAUUGUGAAAAACAAUUAUCUACCUUUCCUAAUUUAUAUGACUCUUCAUCUUCACAACCUAAUUGCUAUGAUCCAUCAUCUUAUAACAUGAGUUUCACUGAUUGUUUACAAGGAACUAACAUGGAUCACUACAAUUCAUCACUUGCUAACUCUUUUGGAGUACUAUCUCCUUCUUCAUCAGAGGUUUUUUCAUCUGUUGAUCAAGGAAAUCAACAGAAACCUGAAGUAGGUCCUGAUCAAACCCUUGCUAACUCAUCUGUCUCUAACUCCUCAUCUUCUGAAGCCGGUGUAGCAGAAGAAGAUUCAGGAAAAAGAAAGAAAAAUGGACUAGUUGUUAAAGAAGAACAAGGACAAGACAACACUAAAAAUGGGAACAACAAGGUUGAUAAGAAGAAAGGAGAGAAGAAACAGAAGGAACCAAGGUUUGCUUUCAUGACAAAGAGUGAAGUUGAUCAACUAGAAGAUGGAUAUAGAUGGAGAAAAUAUGGACAAAAAGCUGUUAAGAAUAGUCCAUACCCUAGGAGCUAUUAUAGGUGUACAACACAGAAGUGUACAGUGAAAAAACGCGUAGAAAGAUCAUAUGAAGACCCAACAACUGUGAUAACAACAUACGAAGGUCAGCAUAAUCAUCCUGUCCCCACUUCUCUUAGAGGCAAUGCGGCUGCAAUGUUCACACCUUCUUUGCUAUCUGCACCUACCCCUUUUUCAUAUGGAUCAAACUUCCCUCAAGAUUUUCUUCUCCAUAUGCACCACCAUCAUAACAACACCUUCAAUAUCACUUCUCAACCGAGUAGUACUAAUUCUGCUUCUGUUGCUGCUUCCAUUUUUUCACACAACAACAAUGUUAGCAACUCUCUUCUUCAUCAGUAUCAACAACAACAACAACAACUUGUUCCUGAUCAAUAUGGCUUACUUCAAGAUAUUGUCCCUUCCAUGUUCCUCAAUAACUGA